CUACUAGUAAAAUAUUAUAAAGUAGUACAUUCCGCUCUUUUCCCUCUAAAACCCCCUUCUCUUUUCAAGAGAGAGAGAGAUCAAAACCCAUAGCGGUGGUGGUUUUAGGCGAGACAGCGAGGAGGAGAAAGAUGGGAGAUUCCUCGGCCUCACUGGAGACGGAAGCCGAAGGGGCAGUGCCGCCGACGCACCUCCGUUGCGUCAGGAGUGACGGCAAGAAGUGGCGCUGCACUGGUUGGAAGCUCCAGGACAGGAGCCUCUGCCAGAAGCAUCACCUUCAAUGGCUUCAAAAAUCUUCUUCUAGGAAAUCCGCCUCUGCUAGGGUUUCUAAGGCCGCCAUCACUGAGAAACCCCAAAGAUCCCGGCUUUCGUCGAAGAAGAAGAGGAAGAGUCGUACCGAUGGAGAAUCUGAAGACGAGGUGAUUCCGAAGAAGAAGAUGCGUGGGGUUACUACUGUGGAGGAGGACGACAACGACGAUGGUGAUGGUCAUGAUGAUGAUGAUGAGAAGGAGGAGAGGCUUAGCUCGAUGAAAAGAGGUAACGAGAAUUUGAAGGGUUUGGGAGUUACAGAGAAGAAAUCGGGAAUGGGAGUCAAAAUCGAACAAAAAGUAGGAGGAGAAGGUGAGGACGAAUCUAGUGGGGGUGAUUCAGAGGACAAUGAGGAGGGUAAUUUGGUGAAGGCGCCAUCGGAGAGGAAAUCGGGAAUGUCAAUUAAAAUCGAAGAAAAAGAGGACACUAAUGACGAAGGUGAUUCAGAGGAUGAUGAAGAAGAUGCUAAUUUGACAAAAAGCAUAAAAAAAUCAUCGAAACAGAAGAAGAAGAAGAAGAAGGAGAAGAAGGUUCGGAAACUUCAAGCGAAGACCAUAAUCAAAUAUUCUGGAGAUGAAGAGGAAGCUCAUGAUGAAAGGGGUGAUUCAGAUGAUGAGAAGGAUGACAAAAUUGAAUCAGCAUCACUAGGGAGGAAGAAGAAGUUUUCUAAACUGCAAGAGAAGAAAUUGGGACUAUUAACCAAACAUAAACAAGAAGAGGAAGAUAACACUGAUGAUUCAAAUUUAGGUAAAAGAAGGUCUCGAUCGAAGCAAAUUAGCUUUCGUGUUGAUUCUAGAAGGAGGCAUUUUAGCACUGAUGGGGGUGAUGAUGAUUGCUCCAUGUGUCAUCAAUGCAUGUACAGUACUAGGAGGGUGGUACGGUGUCGACGGGGCUGUCGCAAACGUUACUGUAGUCCUUGCAUUAAGAGAUGGUAUCCCCAACUGUCAGAGGAAGCAAUAGCUGAGUCUUGUCCAUAUUGUCGAGGAAACUGCAAUUGCAAAGCUUGUUUGCGUCGAAUGGAUAUACUUGAGACUAAUAAAUAUACUGGACAACCCAAAAGUAAAGAUGAAAGGAUUCGGCACUUGAAAUAUCUGAUAUAUGUACUCUAUCCGUUCUUGAAACAAUUUGAUCAUGACCAAACAAUGGAGAAGGAGAUGGAGGCUAAGAUUCAAGGAUUAUCACUAUCAGAUAUAGAGAUACAGCAGGCUGUUUGUUGUAAUGAUGAACGUAUUUAUUGCAACAAUUGCAGCACUUCUAUAGUUGAUUUUCAUCGAAGCUGUCCAAAUUGUUCGUUUGAUCUCUGCCUGACUUGUUGCCGGGAAAUUCGAGGUGGUUGCCUGCAAGGAGGUGGCAAUGACAUUGUUGUGCAAUAUUCUGACAGAGUGAAAUCUUAUGGCGAAAAACCUCUCACCUCGCUUUCAGAUAAAAAAAGUUCUUCUAGUUCUGAGGUUGAUAAAAUGCCAAAACCCGCCUGGAAUGCCAAGGAAACUGGUGAUAUACCUUGUCCACCAGAGGAAAUGGGUGGUUGUGGGCAUGACCGUUUGGAGUUGAGGUGCCUUUUUCUGGAAAGUUGGGUUUCAGAAUUACAAAAGAAAGUAGAAAAACUAGUCGGUAGCCAAAUAUUUGCCCAUGUUCCUGAAAUUUCUAAAGAGCGAUGUUCCUGUUUCAAAUUGGAUGGUGAGGUUGACGUUGGUAAUGGACAACUUCGUAAAGCUGCUUCUAGAGAAGAUGCUGAUGACAACUAUUUGUACUGCCCUUCAUCAAGUGAUAUCCAACAAGGGGAUCUGGAGCACUUCCAGAGGCAUUGGGUAAUGGGAGAGCCAGUUAUUGUUCGCAAUGUUCUGGAGUUUACAUGUGGAUUGAGCUGGGAGCCAAUGGUUAUGUGGCGUGCAUUCCGUGAGAUAUCAUAUAACAAGGGUUCCUCGGAUUUGGCAGUGACAGCAGUUGAUUGCCUUGAUUGGUGUGAGGUUGAUAUAAACAUUCACCAAUUUUUCAAAGGGUAUUCAGAAGGCCGAUUCCACAAAAAUAAGUGGCUUGAGAUGCUCAAAUUGAAAGAUUGGCCCCCAUCUACUUUCUUUGAAGAGCGCUUACCACGCCAUGGUGCAGAGUUUAUCAGUGCCUUGCCAUAUUUAGAAUACACACAUCCUCGAUCUGGUCUUCUUAAUGUUGCUGCAAAGUUGCCUAACAAAAUGCUGAAGCCAGACCUGGGUCCUAAAACAUACAUAGCAUAUGGGUUUGCUGAAGAGCUUGGACGUGGAGAUUCCGUGACAAAACUUCAUUGUGACAUGUCAGAUGCGGUGAAUGUGUUGACUCACACUGCAGAGGUGAAGCAUACUUCUGAACAGCUUUCUAUACUAAAAGGACUGAAAAAGGAGCAUGAUACUGCUGACCAAAAAGAACUCUUUGGUACAAUUGGUACAGAGAUUCAAGGUUAUGUGAAGCAUGUGCCAGAAUCCAAUGGAAAGUUGAUGUUAGAGACAGCUGAGACUAGGUCAUGUGAUGAAGAUCGUGCUGUUAUUAAAGCUGAAGAAAUGAGAGAAGAAGAUGCUGAUUCUUCACGCAUAAAAAAUGAAAAUAUUGAAGUGCAAGAUCUUAUAGUUGAUGGAAUAAAUGAAGCUUCCAGUUUGCCAUCAGAACAGAUAACCAAUGCUGAUGUGUUGGAGGAAACCAGAAAGGGAAUACAGGUGUCAAGACGUGGUCGUGGUAAAAAAAGGAAGGGUGGGAAAUUGCGUAAGGGAUUGGACAUUAAGUCAGAAAAUUUGUUGACUGAGGUUGUUGAUGCUGCCAAUUCUCAGGAAGAAGGGGGAACUAGGAAUGAGGAAGAUGACAUGCAUUGCUCAACAAAUGAAGAGAGUCUGCAAGAUGAGUCUGUUUCUGAGAACAAGUUGAAUGGAUUGGAGACAAUGAAGGGAGGUGCUAUUUGGGACAUUUUCCGGCGACAAGAUGUUCCCAAGCUACAGGAAUAUCUUAGAAAGCACCAUAAGGAAUUUAGGCACAUCAAUUGCCAUCCUGUAGAGCAGGUUGUUCAUCCUAUUCAUGACCAGACAUUCUACUUGACUUUACAUCACAAAAAGAAACUCAAAGAGGAGUUUGGAGUUGAACCAUGGACAUUUGUGCAAGAACUUGGAGAGGCAGUCAUUAUACCCGCUGGAUGUCCUCAUCAAGUUAGAAACCUUAAGUCAUGCAUAAAAGUUGCUCUUGACUUCGUUUCACCUGAAAACAUCCCUGAAUGCAUCCAUUUGACUGAGGAAUUUCGUCAUCUUCCCCCAAAUCAUAGGGCUAAGGAAGACAAACUAGAGGUAAAGAAGAUGUCUCUUCAUGCUCUAAACCAAGCGGUGGCUAAACUGGAGAAGCUCACACGGUGCAUGACAGUGAACACUGAGGCAUCACCAUUGGAAACUACAGUACCAUGCCCAGACUCAUGUCAACUGUUAGACGAUCUCCCUCCAUCUUCCCCAGCAUCAACUCCAUCUCCCACCUGAUUUGAUGGUAUACGUUGAGUAUGAUCCAAGUCCAUGUCAGAGAUAAAAGUCGGAUACAAUUGGGAAAAUCUGUUACUUUUGUUGAACGCUAUGUAUUGAUCCUGCUUUAUUGUUAACCAUUUUAACUUCUGUUGUCUAGUAAGCCAGGGUUUUGUGCAGUCCCGCCUGGUGGUUGUUUCUGGGAGACCCCUUGUAAAAUUAAGCAUAUAGAAAAGUGUUCUCUCGUCCUAAAUAUUGACAUUGUGACCUUACAUAGCUUUCUUGAAAAAGAAGAAAAUAUAUUAUUAAGUCUGGCAGGAUUGAUCCUUCCAGUUGAUUUGU